AUGCAACCCCCACCGUUGUUCCAGCAAUCGUCUCAGCAACCGCCGCACGCUCAGCCGCCACAGCAGCCGCCACCGCACGCUCAGCUGUCGCCGCAGUCGCAGUCAUUACAACAGUCUCAACAGCCGCAGCCCUCGCAGUCCUCCCAGUCCUCUCAGCAGUCGCAGUUGUACCAGCAGCCUCAGCAGCCGCAGCUGUACCAGCAGGCUCAACCGGCCCAACAGGCUCAACAGGCUCAACAGCACACGCCCGAGCAAGUCCACUCGCAAAUCCAGAUACCACCAAGUGUCGAUCUCGGUCAACCAGGAUCCAGCAGCGGGUAUUUCCUGGGAGAAAUUGAUCCCCUAGGCUAUGUUCAACAGGCAUCAUCAGCUGCAAUGUCCUCCAGACGCAGCGGUUUUAUUGGAGAUAUCGAGAGCAAAAGACACGCCCAAGUUCUUCAGAAAUGCCAAGAAAUUUUAGAUACGCAGGUUCAUAAAGGACGACUUACAGAACAACACCAGCAAGAGUUGGCAGAGGAGCUUAGAAAAGUAGGGGGCAAAAUUGCAGAUUUGGAACUCAUGAUGGUGAAGCAGGGCACGAGGAUAAUCAACGCCAUUCAGAAGCUGGGAGAGCACAAUCACGAAAUGUAG